AGCCCUGGCAGCCACAGCCCGGGCCCGGCCGAAGCCAUGCAGCCCCCGCGGGCCGGCGGGACCGCGAAGCUCGGGUGUCCCGUUCGUCGCUGCCUCCCCAUUGGAUAGACGACCGACGCUCCGGGUCCCUUCCUGCACCUCCGAACGGCUCAGGAUGCUGCCAGCCAUCCUCGUCCUCCUCCUCCGCCCCCUCCUGGGAGGCGCAGUAGCGCAUCCAGACAGGAUCGUUUCUCCAAAUUCUGCUUGUGAGGCGCCCCCGGCAGUGCUCUUGGAAGUGCAGGGCACCUUGCAGAGGCCCCUGGGCCAUGACAGCCAAAGUUCCCCUGCCAACUGUACCUGGCUCAUCCCGGGCAGGAAGGAGCAGACUGUAACAAUCAGGUUCCAGAAGCUGCACCUGGCCUGUGGCUCAGAGCGCUUAAUUCUGCACUCUCCUCUCCAGCCACUGACCUCCCUAUGUGAGGCACCUGCCAGCCCUCUGCAGCUGCCAGGGGGCAAUGUCACCAUAACCUACAGCUAUGCUGGGGCCAGAGCACCCAUGGGCCAAGGAUUCCUGCUGUCUUAUAGACAAGAUUGGCUAAUGUGUCUGCAGGAAGAGUUCCAAUGCCUGAACCACCGCUGUGUACCAGCUGAGCAGCGAUGUGACGGGAAUGAUGCCUGUGGUGAUGGUUCUGAUGAAGAAGGUUGCAGCUCAGACCCACUACCUAGCCUGACCCUGGCCCCUGCCCCUCCUCUACCCUGCAACUUUACUUUGGAGGGUUUCUAUGGGAUCUUCUCCUCCCCUGGAUAUUCACACCUGGCCUCAGUUUCCCACCCCCAGUCCUGCCUGUGGCUGCUGGACCCUCAUGAUGGCCGACGGCUGGCAGUGCGCUUCACAGCCCUAGACUUGGGCUAUGGAGAUGCAGUGCAUAUAUAUGAUGGUGCUGGACCCCCUGAGACUCCUCGGCUGCUGCGCAGUCUCACCCACUUCAGCAAUGGCAAGGCUGUUACUGUGGAGACCCUAUCUGGCCAGGCUGUUGUUUCUUACCACACAGUUGCUUGGAGCAGUGGCCGGGGCUUUAAUGCUACCUACCAUGUGCGAGGAUACUGUUUACCUUGGGACCGACCCUGUGGCUUGGACUCUGGCCUAGGAGCAGGUGAAAGUUCAGGUGAGCGCUGCUACAGUGAGGCACAGCGCUGCGACGGCUCAUGGGACUGUGCUGAUGGCACAGAUGAGAAGGACUGCCCUGGAUGCCCACCCGGGCACUUCCCCUGUGGCCCUGCUGGCACACCUAGUGCCACAGCCUGUUACUUGCCCACUGACCGCUGCAACUAUCAGACAUUCUGUGCUGAUGGAGCAGAUGAGAGACGCUGCCGGCACUGCCAACCUGGCAACUUCCGAUGCCGGGAUGAGAAGUGUGUGUAUGAGACGUGGGUGUGCGAUGGGCAGCCGGACUGUGCGGAUGGCAGCGAUGAGUGGGACUGCUCCUAUGCCUUGCCCCGCAAGGUCAUCACUGCCGCAGUUAUUGGCAGCCUCGUGUGUGGUUUACUACUUGUCAUUGCACUGGGCUGCACCUGCAAACUCUACGCCAUUCGUACCCAGGAAUACAGCAUUUUUGCCCCCCUCUCCCGGAUGGAGGCCGAGAUUGUGCAGCAGCAGGCACCCCCUUCGUAUGGGCAGCUCAUUGCCCAAGGUGCCAUCCCACCUGUGGAAGACUUUCCUACAGAGAACCCUAAUGAUAACUCGGUGCUGGGCAAUCUGCGUUCAUUGCUACAGAUCUUACGCCAGGAUAUGACUCCAGGAGGUGCUUCAGGUGGCCACCACCGCCACCGCCAGCGGGGCAGAUCAGUGCGCCGCUUGGUACGCCGGCUCCGCCGCUGGGGGCUGCUUCCUCGAAUUAACCCCUCAGCUCGGGCCCCUGAAACCACACCCCAGAUCACACCUUCAGCUUCUCCUGCUGAGGCCCUGGAUGGCAGCACAGGUCCAGCCCUUGAGGGUGGGGCAGUGGGAGGGCAGGAUGGGGAGCAGGCCCCCCCACUGCCCAUCAAGUCCUCUCAUUCAAGUGUCAGCACAUCUGCAGCUCUCACUGCUGUCUCUGAGACUCCAGGGCCUCUGUCUUCAGUACCCCUAGAGCCUUCAAUAUUGUCUGGAGUGGUACAUGCACUGCGAGGCCGUCUCCUGCCCAACCUGUGGCCCCCAGGGCCCACCUGGGCCCCACCUGGGCCCCACAUGGCAGUCCUAGCCCCCGAGGAUGAAGAUGAUGUGCUGCUGAUGCCACUGGCUGAGCCAGGGGUCUGGGUGGUAGAGGCAGAGGAUGAGCCAUUGCUUGCCUGAGGGGACCUGGCCACAACCUUUAGUGGUGACUCAGCUUCCCAUUGAUCUGUACAGCACUGGAAAGUUAGGGGGGCUUAGGCAGGGAGAGGGCUCACUCGGAGACCAGAGAUCCUUUACCCUCUCCCCAUCCCACUGCUGUCCAGGUUGGCUGUGUUAAAAAAAAAAAAAUACAGAUUUUAAAGGAUCGGAAUGGACAUUCCAUCCUUGCCAACCUCAACACAAAAGUGGCCUUAAUCACCAAGAUGUCAAUUGACUAGAGGAGACCCUGUAGCCCUUAAGGGGAGUAUUGGGGCAGUGCCUGAGGUUUUGUCCAUCUUCACACCUGUAGGGUCUGACUUACAAAUAGAAUGUAAUGAGCUUUUCUCCUUUAGGUAGACCAUUGCCCAGAAAAAUCAAGAUAAAAAAUAAACCAUAAAAUUUAACUCUUA